AUGAAGGUUUUUCUUUCUGUCGCGUUGCUCGCAUGGCUACAGUUGGUGAUUGCAGAAGGCUUUGUAAAGCUUCCUGUUCAAAUCAAGAAGGGUGCUCGGGAGAUUGCAAAAAGUCUCAGUACAUUAGCACCCAGGGAAGCGACGAAUAAUAUUGUUGAAUUAGAUAAAACUUCUGGGGGUUAUUAUGUUGUUAAUAUCACUGUUGGUACUCCUCCGGUACCAAUUGCAGUAGAACUAGACACUAACCUAUCGGAUUUAUGGGUUCUUAGUCCAGAUUCUUUGGCAUGCUAUAAUGACGCAUGUGCCCAAUAUGGAACCUUCAGCAUUGAUGGGUCGUCGACUUGGCAAACUAAUAAUACUGCGUUCAAUUACCAGCUAGUGGAUGAUCAAGCAGAUUACCACAAUAUUUAUGGACAGGACACCAUUGAUUUUGGAAACGGAUUGGUAUUGGAGAAUGCAACAUUUGCUGUAGCCAAUCAAUCAGGCUCUGUUAUUGGUACUUUGGGUCUUUCCUUUGAGAACAAAGAAGCUGCAACUGUGAAAUAUGCGAAUAUACCCACUUUGAUGAAACAACGUGGUUAUGUCAAAAAGUCUGCUUAUUCCUUAUAUGUCACUGAUGAUGCUGCUGAUGCUGGUUCUAUUUUGUUUGGGGGAAUUGACCAUGCAAAAUACAAGGGAGAUUUAGUAUCUUUUGAUAUUGUUCCUGAGAACGGUGACUACAAUGAUUUGCAAAUAAACCUAACUUCAGUCAAAAUCUGCAUCAAUGGCUCCUGUUCUGAGGGUCCAGGUCCAAGUUCAAGCUCUUCAAAAUUGAUCUCUCCCACGAAACUUUCCUCCUUGGAACUAUCAAGCACUAAAUUAUCAUCUUCUAGUACUUAUGGUGCAGUGGAUACUACUUGCCAAUCUUCAGCUGACCAAACAGGUUCUGAUCUUCAAUUCGACUGGACCUUUGGAGCGUACAAAGUUCCGUGUUAUUUGUUAGAGAGCAACAAUUCUAUGAUUUUCAACUUUGAUGGUAAGAAAGAAAUCCAGGUUCCUUUGAGCACGUUUAUCUUUUCUAAAGAUACUGACGAAGGAGUUCAGUGUGGUUUGAAGAUCCUGACUACUGCUCCAUCAAGUUUUGAUCAGGGAACCUUUGGAGUUGACUUUAUGAGACAUGCGUACAUUGUGUUCAAUUUGGAUGAUAAGACUAUCUCCCUUGCUGAUGUAGACUAUUCUGAAGAUGAACAAAUCUCUGUGAUAGAGUAA